GCUGCGGUAGUGGCAAGUCCUAAUGUCCUUCUGUAAAGACCCGCGGUAAAGAUUUGUCUUUUUGCAGUCUUCUCAUAAUGUUCGGGGCAGUUGUGCGAUUUUCAGUCUCUGGGGUCCGGACUUUGGCCCGAUCACGGCCAGCAUACACUGCUCCUUUGGCCUCUCGCUGUUACUCUCAUGCCAAGCAGGAGACGGAUGAGGAGUUUGAUGCCCGCUGGGUCACCUAUUUCAACAAACCGGACAUUGACUCCUGGGAGCUGAGGAAAGGCAUGAACACACUCAUCGGUUAUGACCUGGUGCCUGAGCCAAAGAUUCUGGACGCUGCUCUGCGGGCCUGCCGGAGGUUGAACGACCUGGCCAGCGCUAUCCGUAUCCUCGAGGCAGUCAAGGAUAAAUCUGGACCUCACAAAGAGAUCUACCCCUACUUGAUUCAAGAACUGAGGCCCACUCUGGAUGAGCUCGGCAUCUCCACACCCGAAGAGCUUGGAAUGGACAGAUUGUAGAUGUCCAUACUGUGGGUGGGUUCACUUAGACAGCCUGGCAACUCUGUAUGGGAGGCUGUUCAGUUCAGCAUGAGCCCAAUCGGGUUUGUUUCCUAUACAAUAGGUAUGCAAGUGUCUGGCUGAAUGCAGCAAAUCAGGGAAGAUGUGUUCAGCAGAAUCUGUCUUUGAUAUAUUUUUUCUGAAGUGAUUUUUCCAGUGGAUCCUAGAUGAUAGAUAUUUUUUUCUGAUAUGUAUCCAAUUUUACAUUUAUGUAUUUGCUUCUCAUGUGAAAUACCAAAAUGAUUUGAAAACAUGUAUUUUUUUAAAUUUGUGAAUGUUCCAGUUGGACUUUGACAUUGAUGUAUUUUACUCAUGUGGAAUAUCCAUUAUAAUGUGAUGUCUGGUUUGACUCAUUUUGAACUGAAUGACAAGCAUGGAACCCGCAAUGCAUUCAUAAGGAAAGAUAUUUCUGUAUUUACGCCAUCUUGUAUGAACUGAACAGCCUCACUUGAGUAUGUCUCUUAUGUACAGUGUCAGUAAAACUGAUUCCCCAGCA